UUCUUUGAGAGGCUUCUCUCGUGCCGAAGCUGGCGGGGACAGAACGCGACUGCGCUCCCGAGCCAUGAUGUCCCCCGCAGCCCGUCCCCAUUUCAAGAUAACGCCAUAAAUCAGUACGUGCACUGCAUGCAUCAUUGGGCAUUGAACACGCUGGACUAUUGUCCAGUCAAAAAGAGCGGCCAUGAACUCCCAAAAACGUAAAUCAAGGGAGUCUACGACAUUUGUAAUAAAUCUAUGAAAUUUUGCCCAUCUGAAGAACUCAUAACACCGUCUCUCCAACAUACAUUGAGGAAUUCUGUCCCUGCGUCCCCAUCUGCACCAGAGUUUAAUAACUUUCUCCUCUGACGCAGUAAACGGAACCUGAGCUUCCGAAGGGUGUGUGGUGAGUGUGGAAGAUCCAGAAAAGAAGUACACUGGAUGGGAACAUCUUGGCAGUGGGGGCUUUGGAGCUGUUUAUAAGGCCUUCGACACUGCCACAGGACAAGCGGUGAGUGCCCGUGCAGAUCUUGCAGCUCUUGAGUGCUUUCCCUGUGAUGUGAUCUGUGGCCAGAGCUUUGGGCCGCCUGUCUUUGCUGCAGAGGCUGUUCUGCAGAAGCAGUCUGUCUAGAGGCAGGCUGCAAAAUGCAUUUGGGACAGACUUUGUCCUUCCUACCUACCUGAAUGAAUGCAAGGAUGGCCGUGGUGUCUUUCAGAGGACACGCUAGCUUGGAGUUACUGGAUAAAUGUGCAUAGAUUAGCUGAUGGCAAGAGCCAUCAUUCCAGCCCAAUUCCUCUUAAGCCCAGGAUCAGACACAGAUAUUUUGUUUUCUAUCAGGUGAUUCAGUUGGAAAAUACAAUGCAAGCCCUUCAGAAAGAGAGAUCUUGUCUGGAGCACAGUUUUGCCUUUCAGUCCUAGGGAACCUAGUUCACAUACACACACACCUACACACACACACACACACACAGAGAUACGUGCACAGAUGAAUGAGAAGAAGUUGAUGAAGAGCCUUAAAUAAUACAACCUUGUGUUGAUCCUGUGUUCCACUAGAGAGAUGCUCUCUGUUCUGAACAGGCAUGGUGGUGUCUUGGAGAGUCUUGCUGCUCUUUGGGGCUAGAAGUUCCAAGUCCUGAAUUCUCCUUUUUGACUCUCAGGAAAUACAUUCCAUCUUCCUUAAUAGUAAGGAAUUAGAGAAGGUAGUUCCUUAUCCAGCUGCAGAGCUGUGCUCAGGAACUGCACUUGGAGGGAGGUCUCGGAGGCGUCCAAAAGCCCCAAGCCCUGUACUUAGAACCUGGGGCACAUCCAUAGUGUACCACAGAAAGGGGUAUUCAUUUUUAAACCCAUUCAAUAAUUUCAAGUCUAAAGAUUGUUCUUCAAAGUUGCAAAAGCCAAACUGAAGAAGUGAGGAUGUGCUGGGAUUGUAACUUUACCUUGAGUCGCUUUGCAGUUCUUUUUUGACAGCAUUUUCCCCAUCAUGUUUGUAUGUGUUUACUCUGGCACACAAUUGAAUUGGCAGCCAUCUCUUCACAGGAGAAAAAUUACUUUUGGCUUCCAAAGCGUGUGUAAAUGAUAAUAGUAGUGCUAAAUAAAGUCUGUUUGAGAAGCCUGCAGGUGCAGAGGGUGGUGUUAGCGCUUUGUGGUUGAUGGUUUAGAGUCCCUUUUUUCCGAGGUGACAAGGCAUCCAGGCCCAUGAGGGCCAGAGAAAGAGGCUCUGGUCAUGUCUGUCCCUAAGAGCUUUUGAAUGUCAUUGUAGGUGGCUGUAAAGGAACUUUAUCUCCAGCACCAGGGCUGUGAGGGAGUAUUAAAAGAAAUCCUGCUCAUAAGAGAAAAUAAGAACGCCAAUAUUGUCAGCUACUUAGAAAGCUACCUUGUGGAUGAGGCUGUCCUGCUGGUGUUGGAAUAUAUGGAUGGAGGCUCCUUAGCUGAUGUGGUCACCGUGAGAAGGAUGGCUGUAGGACACAUAGCAACAGUGUGUCGGGAGUGCCUGCAAGGCCUGGCUUUCCUUCAUGCCAAGCAGGUGAUCCACAGAGACAUCAAAAGUGACAACAUCCUUCUGGGCCGGGAUGGCUCCGUCAAGCUGGCUGAUUUUGGCCUCUGUGCUGUGCUCAGCCCUGAGCACAGGAAACGGAGGUCGAUGGUCGGGACCACUUACUGGAUGGCACCCGAGGUGGUGAGAAGAGAGCCUUACGGCCCCAAAGUGGACACCUGGUCCCUUGGGAUUGUGGGAAUAGAAAUGGCCACAGGAGAGGCUCCUUAUAUGCAGGAGACCAGUGUCAAGGCCAGCUACCUGAUAGGCAAGCAAGGGGUUCCAAAUCUGCACCAGCUCAGGCUACCCCCUGGCUUGUGUGAAUUUCUGGGCUGCUGCCUGCAGAUGGAUGUGGACAGGCGAGGCUCUGCCAAGGAACUUCUGCAGCAUCCAUUUCUGCAAUCAGCGGAGCCUCUCUUAAGCCUCUUCUGACAGCCUGAUUGCUGCCAUCCCUGCAGCAAGGGAAUGCAAGAAGCAAAGGAGAUGACAAGGUGUGAGAGUCUGUCCGAAACUUCCCUCAUUUUUUGCCUCUCGAUCGUCAUGAAAGCCAAGACCACCGGGGAAAGGGAAAGAUCCUGUUCUGAAAAUCCAGGUCUGUCUGGUCCACCAAGCCAGAUUAUUGCCUACGGGUGUGUUUGCUCAACUCAUGGAACACUGCACCCAAGAAGGGGCAGUGUGCUCUCCUUCGCCUGCAUCACCUAGCAACGCUAGUGCUGGAAUUUCUCCACCCUUCUGACUUGGCUGGACUUUCUCUCUGGAAUGACCUUUCCGGAGGUCGCCACAAAAGGACCCUCCAUUCACCGUACAUCAACCACCGUGACAGAUGGACUGAGAUGGGAGAAGGUUCUCCCCUCAAGGACUGAGACGUGCGACCCCUACCUGGAAAAGCUCCCCUCUUUUCCCAAAAGGACUAAGACUGAAAUCCCCACCGUAGGGUGAGGGAAGGUAUGCGUGGGGACCGGAGCAAGUUUUGCAAGCCACCACUGGACCGAGAAGACAAUGGUUCCUGCCUACGACAUCUGCUGCUGACGACGCCUGUUCCUGAUGGACUACUGAUGGACUCCUUGUACCCUUUAUCAAUAGAGUAUUUUGAAAUGGGUCCCCUUCCCCCAUUUCAAAAGGACUAUAAAAAAGGUUAGACCUGACUGAUACCUUUGAGAUCUCCCCUGACGUGAGGACGACAGGCCUCUUCGUCAACCGGACUUCGAGGGACUUUGUCAUCUGCACGUCUGGUAGCUAUACACCUCCUUGCCCUCCCUCUCUUCUUUUGCUUUUCCUUACUCUUUUUCCUUUCUUCAUUCCCCUUCUCUCUAACGCAUCUUUGCUAUGGCUAUUUAAUAAAAGUAUAUGUAUUUUGAUUUUACUGCAAAUCCCCUUGUUGUGUCAGUUUUUGCACCCUGAGAUCAGUGAAAAAGAACCUACACGAAUCACGUCCUUAGGACGGAUCGUGUCAUAAAUUGGAUCUUGGGUCACGGAUCUUGGGUUCUGGGGACGGAGGAGUCUGCAGGUUACGUGUAGUUUGUAACAGGGGAAGGACGUUUCACGGCAGCCGCACCUAAACCGUCAAGUUUCCCGAAAGGGGUUGAACUGAUUUAGAAAGCAAGGGCUGUGAUUCGAAUUUCCCGCAUACUGCACGAACCAAGGCGGAAAAAGCAUUCUCCAAACUCUUUUUGAGGGUUCUGUCUCCAGAAUAUCACAAAAGAUCUCUUGGUGCAAAAGGGAAAAAAAAAAAACAACAAAAAAACCCCUGUUUCUGUUGUAAGAGUGUGUUUAACUGUCUGAGAAGGAAGAGACACCUUGAAGAAACUAAGCAGGGCCUCCCAGAUUGACUCUGUCUCUUCAACUGUGUGUGAGUGUUUAACUGUCUGGGAAGGAAGAGACACCUUGAAGAAACUAAGCAGGGCCUCCCAGAUUGACUCUGUCUCUUCAGCCACCCAGGGAAAAAGUUGAGUGAAGGGAAAACACAGUGUGUGAUUGUGUAACUGAAAACACCUCCCUGUUGUGGUCCCUAGUCCCUUCACAAGAUGAAUGAAGAUUUUGGUGCCAAGGCAAAAACUGAAUUUUACACACUACUUGCUAAACACAAUGCAAAACCUUCACCAGGCGGAGAGGCCUGGGCAAAGAACAAUUGGUUUAAUUUAGAAAAUGUUGUUGGUAGAAUAUGUUCUUGCAGCAUGAAACAAAAUUUAAACUUGGUAAAGAUAAAACCAUCCUCUGCUCAGUUUUGGGAGCCUGCCUCACAGCAGCCACAGAAACUCGCUUUAAGCGAAGAAGUGAGGAAAAUGUUAUAAUAGACUCCCUUCAAAACUUAGUUGGAGUUUUGCAAAAACAAUUAGAUGAAGAAAGAAAUGAAAAUAAUUUAUUACGGGCUGCCUUGAGAGAGGUACAUGUUAAAAAUUCACAGAACUUUGAUUCCUCAAAAGAAACAGAGGAGAAGGAAACUUCUCACCUUAAUCAAAAUUACCCCCAAAAAGAAUUAUUUCUGAUGAAAAAUUUUGGGGAACACUGUUGUUGCAAUAGCAUGAAACCUCAAAUUAAAACAGAAUGCAACUAUAUUAAUGAUGAGGAUUUUGACCCACAUAUAAUCACUAAAGAAAUCCCAUACACUGCUACUGAAUUAACAAAACUUGCAAAGCAGUAUGGGCUUCUCUCCCACAAAACUGAAACAAAAUCUCUCACUGGGAAAGUUCAAACACAUUUGUCAGAACAAGAAGCCGGUGGGUACUGGGGACAUGGAGUGUUCUUACCAACGGGAGACAGACGCAUCCCAUGGUCCCUAAUUCAGCAUAUAGCUUAUUGGACAGAGGGGCUUAACCCCUCGGAAAGGGGAAACCUUUUAACCAUAGCUGGUACCCCUAACCAACUCCUGGAAAACAUUCACAAAGCUGCCUGCUUGCAAAUAAUGCAUGAAAGAAAAGCAGCUACAAGCUAUGAGUCACCAAUGCAAUCACCUGUAAAGUCUAAAAUUAUGACCUCUUUAAUUCAAAGGUUUACAGAAACACUUAAACCUAUAGCAAUUUUCCCUCAAAAACCCAUAGCAGCUAUGUCCCCUAUAGAAACACCAGAUAAACUUCUUAGUAACCAGAAUAACCCAUUUGUUCCCUCUUAUGACUUGCCGAGAAAAGGGAUAAAAUGGGAUUGGAGUCUUUCUCAAGAGAAAGCACUGCAAUCGCUGAUUUUUGAAGCAACAGCUCACCAAGCACUGGACCCUAUCCAUCCUACAGAUCCCUUUCAGGUAGAGUGGGGAUUUGCCUCCUCAGGGUUAUCAGUACACAUUGGGCAGCGGGGUCCCGAGGGUCCGACAAGGCCUGUUGGUUUUUAUUCCCAUGGUUUCAAAGAUGCUGAGAGAAGAUACUCUACCUGGGAAAGAGGUUUGUCUGUGGUUGGCUUAACUCUCACAGGAGUAGAAAAAAACUUAGCAAUACAAGAAACUGAGAGCUUGGGUAGCAGCCAAAAUAAGCUUGCCUCUGUGAUUAAAGCAACCCCUCCUUUCUUCCCCACUUCUGCUAACAGAGAGGGAGAAGGCAGUGCUCAGGUAGAGGAACUGUUAACCAUUUGUAGUAUUUUCCAGUGUAAGGGACAGAAUUAUUUUCUUGUCAGUAUUAACAUCAAGUCCUAUGCCGCACUUGUAUUUGUGUUGUUUCAGGCCGAUGCUUUUAAAAGAGCUACAGGAAAUAAUACUGUUAAAGCAAUACAGGGAUGGUUUGGAAUUUUCCUAACCCCACAAGAAAUUCAAUCUGAUAAUGUUUCUCACUUUACAGUCAAAAGUGCGCAGGAUUGGGCAAAAGGUGAAGGGAUUGAAUGGACUUCUCACACCCCUUACGAUAGAUCAGGGGCAAAUGGGUGUCCUAAAAUCACUGCUUUUUGCCUGACAGCUCCAAGCAUAAUUCCUUCACUACACAGACCAGAUGAUUUCAAGAACCCAGCACAUUACCCUGGACAACCUGUUUUUGGUGGACCACCCCCUAUUGUAGGGGAAGUACCACUGGUGUUAAAAACCUCUCUGACAAUCCCAUUGUUCUAACUCUUUCUGCCUCUUCGUGGCAGAUUCUGUUGUGCUUAUUUUUUACAGAAGAACUCCGUGGGACAUGAAGACCUGAGAAACCAUGAUAACACUAGCAUUAUACAACAAAUAUAAUGUUUUCCUUUCCCUUUAUGGUAACACAAAGUGAUAAUAUUACACUUAACAUGUAAAUUAAGUAAACUUGAACAAAUUGGCCGCUAUGAGUGAAAAUCUGACCAAAUUACAGCAACCACUGCAAUCAUCCUUAACACAUCAGUGGCUGCUAUCAAACAUACUACCAAAUUGGGAAAAGGUAAAUGUAAACGACCACAAAUUGGUGAUUGAUGCACUCAAUGCCACACAAAAUAAUGUUUCUUUGUCUCUCAGCUGUAUUCAGGCUCAAUUGUGGAUGCAGUCAGUUGCUGCCUCAAUUAUAAAAGAAGGUGAAGAAGGCACUAUUCCCACUGAAAUUUGAAAAAUAAUCUGCGACAGUGCUACUGACUUUGAAAGAGAAUUCCAAUCCUGGUGGAAUUUGGUGAAUUUCACUUAUAACCCCAUUUCAAACACGGCCACAGCUUUUGUGUUAACCAUACGUAGUGCUUCAGUACAUUUGGUUUUUCCUAUUAUAGCAUUAGGGAUAAAUCAUGACGGAGCUAUCCUCUAUCCUUCGGAGCAUAAGGAAUGGGCCCGUCAGAUUAACAACAAAUGGCAAACUGUCAAUCUGGAAUCUUGUAUUGUCCGUGAACAACAAGGGUUCAUCUGUGAAAGCAAUGGAAUCAUAGCCCAGGACAUCUGUGUGGACACAGAGCAGAAUAUCUGUCACUUUGAAAUACAUCCUAACGAGACUUCUGAAACGGUUCUCAUAUACAUAGGCAAUGGAUGUGCAUGCAUUAGAACUGCCUGUGAUCUUGUAUUUGUAGAAAAUGUAGUAGUGGAUACUAAGAAUCAUUCAAAUUUCUGUGCUUGUAAUUUUACCAGAAUUGUAGGAUGUGAUUUCUCUUAUGUAGCUCCAGUUACCUCUCACCAACUUUUGCAAUCUAAUUACACCCUGAUUCACAAAUUGAUACCUACUCCAAUUGGGAUGAACCUCACUUUGGUAAAGCAGUUGCUGCUCCACCAAGACUUGGCUGAGAUUCUGGGAAAGAUCAAGAAAGAUGGGCAGAAGACCCUAGUAACUGUUCAUCACAAUGUAAAACAAAUACACCGUGUCAUGGGAAAGAGUAAAGAGAGAUGCCGAGCACAAGUGGUGGGAUACUCUUUUUGGGUGGUCACCAACUGCCACAAGUGUCCUGAACACCAUGUGUCAUCCUAUUGUUGUCCUUUUGAUCCUGGUUUCGAUUGGUUUUGUUUUGUCAGCAAUCUUGUUUGUCAUGAAUUGGAGAAUGAUGAAACGGUUAACAAGACUGACGUCCAUAAUUAAUGCACACAAUUUGGCUGAUGUCCUUUUUACUAUGGACGUCCCCAAGACAAUUGACACAAGACGAUUAUGAAUCAGUAGAUGUGUUUUGAAAUAACUUUUUAUCUUCCAUUUUGUGACUUUGUUAAAUUUAUAUCCAUUUUAUUAUUGCUUUUACUU